UUCUUUCUCUCUGUACAUUCAUUCUUUCAUAAACCAACAUUUAUUACAUUAUGCCAGGCAUGCUUUGGGCACCUCCACAAUGCUGAUGAUAUUUUUAACAUUUUGAUAGUGGUAGUUCCUGGUUUAGAGGUGGCUAUAGGUCUAUGAAGAAAGAAGUGAUUGAGGUAUAUCAAACUUUUACUCAGUAAAACCAUUGAAUAAAGUUUUUAUAAUGUGUUAAUUAUAAACAAUUAUCUUAACAUUUAAUGUUAACGUUAAUAUGACAAUUAUCCUAACAUUUCCAUGGAAUAAGUUUAGCUAUCACUGUGAGUUCAUUUUAGUAUGGGAUUAUUUUUGCAUUAUUUUGUAUACCUGUUAAAUUUAAGUACUCCUGUAGACAAACCACAGGUAAAACAUUUUGUUUUGGUUUGUGUCUCAAUGAGCCGUAAUUUACGAAUACUAUAUGUGUUCAGGUUCCCUAGGAAGCCAUCACACUCCUUCCCACUGUGGUUUUGGGAGCAUGAAGGCGUUACUUAUCCCCUAUGUCUGGUUCACUGUAUGUAGGCUGGGAGUGUCUGCUGAUCACUUGGAGUGCUGUCCCUUGGAAAAGAAGGAGUAAGACUGAGCACCCCUGCAGUGGACCAUGAGUCGGUAAUGCCCACUGAGGACCUCUGGGAGCCAUGUCAGACGAAUCUGCCUCAGGGAGCGAUCCAGACCUGGACCCGGACGUGGAGCUGGAGGAUGCGGAAGAGGAGGAGGAGGAGGAGGAGGUGGCAGUGGAGGAGUGUGACAGGGAUGAUGAAGAAGACCUGCUGGAUGACCCAUCCCUGGAAGGCAUGUGUGGCACUGAGCAUGCCCAGCUGGGAGAAGAUGGGCAGCAGCCGCCGCGGUGCACUUCAACUACCUCAUCUCAUUCUGAGCCUUCAGAGCAGCUUAGGCGCCACCAAGGCAACAAUCUAGCCUCCGAGGACCCCAAAAAGAAGAGAGCUCAAAAGCCCUCCCACAUGAGAAGAAACAUACGAAAACUGGAGCCCUCAUCUUUGCGAGUCCCUCUGACAUUUGUCUUUGUCCCUUGUCAGAUUGGUGGGAUCCGGUUCCUUUACGAUAAUCUAGUGGAGUCCCUGGAGAGGUUUAAGACUAGCAGUGGCUUUGGCUGUAUUCUGGCCCACAGCAUGGGUCUGGGGAAAACUUUGCAAGUGAUCUCUUUUAUCGACGUCCUCUUCCGCCACACGCCAGCCAAAACAGUCCUUGCCAUUGUGCCGGUUAAUACUCUUCAGAAUUGGCUGGCAGAGUUCAACAUGUGGCUUCCACCUCCUGAAGCCCUUCCAGCUGACAACAAGCCUGAAGAAGUCCAGCCUCGGUUCUUUAAAGUUCACAUCUUGAAUGAUGAGCACAAGACGAUGGCAUCUCGUGCUAAAGUGAUGGCUGAUUGGGUGUCAGAGGGUGGGGUGCUGCUGAUGGGGUAUGAAAUGUACAGACUUCUCACUCUGAAGAAAUCAUUUGCCACAGGUAGACCGAAGAAAACCAAGAAACGUUCUCACCCAGUCAUCAUUGAUCUGGAUGAGGAAGAUCGGCAGCAGGAGUUUCGGAGAGAGUUUGAGAAGGCUUUAUGCCGCCCUGGCCCAGAUGUAGUAAUCUGUGAUGAGGGACACCGCAUCAAAAACUGCCAGGCCAGCACCUCACAGGCUCUGAAGAAUAUACGCUCUCGCCGCCGGGUGGUGCUGACUGGGUACCCUCUGCAGAACAACCUCAUUGAGUACUGGUGCAUGGUGGACUUUGUGCGCCCAGACUUCCUUGGCACUCGGCAGGAGUUCAGCAACAUGUUUGAACGCCCUAUCCUGAAUGGGCAGUGUAUUGACAGCACACCUCAGGACGUGCGCCUCAUGCGGUACCGGAGCCAUGUCUUGCACAGUCUUCUGGAGGGCUUUGUGCAGAGGAGAGGCCACACUGUGCUGAAGAUUCAUCUCCCUGCCAAGGAAGAAAAUGUGAUCCUUGUGCGGCUCUCGAAGAUCCAGCGAGAUUUGUACACACAGUUCAUGGAUCGCUUUCGGGACUGUGGUACCAGUGGCUGGCUGGGGCUGAACCCCCUUAAGGCUUUCUGCGUGUGUUGCAAGAUCUGGAAUCACCCUGAUGUGCUGUAUGAAGCCCUUCAGAAGGAGAGCUUGGCCAAUGAGCAGGACCUAGAUGUGGAAGAGCUUGGCUCUGCGGGGACCAGUGCCCGCUGUCCACCACAGGGAACAAAAGGCAAGGGAGAGGAUAGCACCUUGGCUUCCUCAAUGGGAGAGGCAACAAAUAGCAAGUUCCUACAGGGUGUUGGCUUCAACCCUUUCCAGGAGCGAGGCAACAACAUCGUCACAUAUGAAUGGGCCAAGGACCUUCUGACAAAUUACCAGACUGGAGUCUUAGAAAACUCUCCCAAGAUGGUACUGCUUUUCCACCUGAUUGAGGAAAGUGUGAAGCUUGGGGACAAGAUCCUUGUGUUUAGCCAGAGCCUUUCCACCUUGGCUCUCAUUGAGGAAUUCCUUGGAAAACGAGAAGUACCCUGUCCACCUGGUGCCGAGGGGCAAGGAGCACAGAAGUGGGUUCGAAACGUCAGCUACUUCCGGCUAGAUGGUAGCACCCCUGCCUUUGAGAGGGAGCGGCUCAUUAAUCAGUUCAAUGAUCCCAGCAACCUCACCACCUGGCUGUUCCUUCUCUCUACAAGGGCCGGAUGCUUGGGUGUGAAUCUGAUUGGUGCCAACCGAGUGGUGGUGUUUGAUGCUUCUUGGAACCCUUGCCAUGAUGCCCAGGCAGUAUGUCGGGUAUACCGUUAUGGCCAGAAAAAGCCCUGUUACAUCUAUCGACUUGUGGCUGAUUACACUCUUGAAAAGAAGAUCUAUGACCGUCAGAUUUCCAAGCAGGGCAUGUCAGAUCGGGUGGUGGAUGAUCUAAAUCCAAUGCUGAACUUCACCCGGAAGGAAGUGGAAAACUUACUGCACUUUGUUGAGAAGGAGCCAGCUCCCCAAGUUUCCUUGAACAUAAAGGGGAUCAAGGAGUCAGUCCUGCAACUGGCCUGUCUGAAGUACCCUCACCUCAUCACCAAGGAGCCUUUCGAGCAUGAGUCAUUGCUCCUCAACCGAAAGGAUCACAAGCUGACCAAGGCUGAGAAAAAAGCAGCAAAGAAAAGCUAUGAGGAAGACAAACGCACAUCAGUCCCCUAUACCCGCCCAUCGUAUGCGCAGUAUUACCCUGCCAGCGAUCAGAGCCUGACCAGCAUCCCCGCCUUCAGCCAGAGAAACUGGCAGCCAACUUUGAAGGGUGAUGAAAAGCCUGUGGCCAGUGUUCGUCCUGUACAGUCCACCCCCAUCCCUAUGAUGCCCCGGCAUGUCCCACUGGGAGGCAGUGUAAGCUCUGCCUCCAGCACAAAUCCAUCCAUGAACUUUCCAAUCAACUACUUGCAGCGUGCAGGAGUCCUUGUGCAGAAGGUGGUCACCACAACAGAUAUUGUUAUUCCUGGACUCAACAGCACCACAGAUGUACAGGCAAGAAUUAAUGCUGGUGAGAGCAUCCACAUCAUCCGUGGGACAAAAGGUGAGAACCUGACCAAGGACUUUCCCCCUGCCUUUGGAUUUUUUUUUUUAAUGAAGUUUUCUCCUCUACCCUUCUUCUGUCCCUGGCCACUCUGGUUCUCAGUUACCUACAUUUUGUCCCCAGGUUCCCAGGGACCUUCUCGCGAGUCCACAAGCAACGGCAGACACAGUGCCUCAUCACCCAAAGCCCCCGACCCUGAGGGGCUGGCCAGGCCCGUCUCUCCUGAUAGCCCAGAGAUCAUCAGUGAGCUUCAGCAGUAUGCAGAUGUGGCUGCUGCCCGGGAAUCCCGUCAGAGCUCCCCAAGCAUCAGUGCCGCCCUGCCUGGCCAACCAGCCCAACUUGUGGAUAGCAGUGCUAUUCCUGGGACAGCUCUUGGAACUGAGCCUCGACUAGGGGGUCCUUGCCUCAAUAGUUCCCUCUUGGUGACUGGCCAGCCCUGUGGUGAUAGGCACCCAGUGCUGGACUUAAGGGGCCACAAGCGAAAGUUGGCUACACCACCUGCUGCCCAGGAGUCAUCCCGCCGGCGGUCCAGGAAGGGUCAUCUGCCAGCCCCCGUGCAGCCGUAUGAACAUGGGUAUCCAGUGUCUGGCGGGUUUGCCAUGCCACCCGUCUCCUUAAACCAUAACCUCACCACUCCCUUCACCUCCCAGGCUGGGGAGAACUCCCUGUUUAUGGGCAGUACCCCCUCCUACUACCAGCUGUCCAAUUUGCUGGCAGAUGCCCGCCUGGUGUUUCCAGUGACUACUGACCCUCUGGUGCCAGCAGGCCCCGUCAGUUCCUCUUCCACGGCUACCUCAGUCACUGCCAGCAACCCCUCCUUCAUGCUCAACCCUUCUGUGCCAGGGAUACUACCCAGCUAUUCACUCCCAUUCUCACAGCCACUCCUGUCCGAGCCGAGGAUGUUUGCGCCUUUUCCUUCCCCUGUCUUGCCCAGCAACCUUUCGCGGGGCAUGUCUAUCUAUCCAGGCUACAUGUCCCCACAUGCAGGCUACCCAGCUGGUGGCCUCCUUCGGUCCCAGGUGCCUCCAUUUGACUCUCAUGAGGUUGCUGAGGUGGGGUUCAGCUCCAAUGAUGAUGAGGAUAAGGACGAUGAUGUGAUAGAGGUCACUGGGAAAUAGCUGGGGAGCCCCUUCCCACCUCAUUCGGGGCCCCCAGCAGGUUGCCCACCAAGCUGGAAGGCAGUAAUUUGGACUUUUUGAGAAAAGGACACUUGGCAGGAGGGAAAAGGAAGAGAACAAAGGAGGGUGGUUAGCCAUAAGGGCAGAGCUCUGUUGCUGUUUAACAAAAGAGGCAAAAAAAAAA